UAAUCAAGUCAAGUAUGUCAGAAGUAAAUGUAAGGCGGCCUGUAAUGGAGAGGAACAGAAAUCUGAAUGGGAGGGAGAAACCAACCCAAAACUUCUUAUCCAAACAUCUAAAGAAGGUUUACCCAAUUGCUCUUCGGAGGAGUAUCUCAUCUCAAUCACUCUCUUCACUAUCUUUGUCACAGAAUUCUAAUGAUUCGAUAGGUGAAACUAUUCCUCCUCCUCGAGUGGUGGAUCGGAAUAAGGUUUUGGUGUCUCUUCGAGGACUUGGAACCUCUCAUGAAAGAGCAGAAACCAAACUCACUAAUCUUGGAAAGGAUAGCUUUGAUUCUAAUGGUGUUACCUUGAAGAGGUGUAAUUGGAUCACAAAGAAUAGUGAUCAGGUCUAUGUCUGCUUCCACGAUGAGUAUUGGGGAGUGCCAGUUUACAAUGACAAUCAACUAUUUGAACUUCUAGCGAUGUCAGGAAUGUUGAUGGAUUACAAUUGGACUGAAAUACUAAAAAGAAAGGAGCUCUUGAGAGAAUAUUUUACUCAAUUCAACCCUAAUCUUGUUGCCAAGCUGAGUGAAAAAGAGAUAGUGGAGAUUAGUUCCAAUAAGACACUUAUGUUAGCAGAGAGCAGAGUGAGAUGCAUAGUAGACAAUGCCAAAUGCAUAGUAAAGAUUGCACAUGAAUAUGGUUCAUUCAGUAGCUAUAUUUGGGGGCACAUGAAUUACAAACCAAUGAUCAACAGAUACAAAUACCCAAGGAAUGUUCCUCUAAGGACCCCAAAAGCAGAGAUCAUUAGCAGGGAUUUAUUAAGAAGAGGAUUUCGAUUCGUUGGGCCGGUGAUCGUGUACUCAUUUAUGCAAGCCUCAGGGAUGACAAUUGAUCAUCUUGUCGACUGUUUUAGGUUUAGUGAAUGUGUUAGCUUAGCAGAGAGACCAUGGAGACAUGGCUAGCAUAGUUUUGUUUUUCUUUGGACAUUGAUUUCAAAAAUCAGUGUUUUGAUUUCCUAUACGUGUGU